AUGCAGCCACAAAGCGUGUGCGAGAGUAACGGGUUCUUUGACAUCUGCUCGGCUUUGCCUGGGCUUCUGGCAAAGCACUUGAACAAGGAUGGGGAGCACCUGCAUCCAUUCGAAGGCGACGAGGGUCUCAUGAAUGGCUCGUGGCUGGAUCCAUUGGACCCGGAUGUUUUCGAGAAGUGGCCCGAUGCGAGACGUGCAACGCCAUACGUGGCUGUGGUGGAGCGGGGUGAGACAAUAGUGGCGCCGAAAGGCUGGUGGCACUAUGCCGUGUCGCUAGACACCUCGGUGACGAUUAUGAGGAAUUUCUACAGCACGAGCAACCAGUGGGACCUGAUCCAGCGAAAGGAUAGCGGGCUGGCAGGUGCUAUUGCAACACAUGUUCUCCGGAAGCAGCCCAAGCUCAAGAAUCAGCCCGACUCGGUCAUUAACGAUAUCGCGACCAAGACGGUUCACAAGCUUCGUGAAACCUUCAUCGAGAAUCGCCGGAAAGCGGCACAGCAAGGAUCCGCGUAG